AUGAAGCUUCUUCAUAAAAAUAUUUGCUUCUUUUUGUUUCUUUUUAGUUUAAUUUCAAGUUCACGAGGCUAUACAUUUUAUGCUGGUGGAAAAGAUGGAUGGGUUUUGAACCCUUCUGAAAGUUACAAUCAAUGGACAGGGAGGAAUAGAUUUCAAGUCAAUGAUAUUCUUGUUUUUAAGUACAAGAAGGAGUCAAACUCAGUGUUGGUGGUGAACAAAGAGGAUUAUGAUAAGUGCAACAAGGAGAAUCCAAUCAAGAAAUUUGAAGAUGGUGAUUCUGAGUUUCAGUUUGAUAGAUCUGGUCCUUUUUAUUUCAUUAGUGGACAUGAUCAUAAUUGUGAAAAUGGUCAAAAGUUAAUUGUUGUGGUCUUGGCUGUAAGAGAACCUCCUCCUUAUGUGGCUGCACCUCCUCCUAAGCUUCUUCCUACACCUCCUUAUGUUCCAAUUACACCUCCAAAAACACCUUCUCCUGUUUAUAGUCCUCCAAAAAGUACUCCCUCACCGGGAAAUCAACCUCCCUAUGUUCCAAUUACACCUCCAAAAGCACCCUCUCCGGGAAAUGAACCACCCUAUAUACCAAUCACACCUCCAAAAGCACCUUCUCCCGUUUACAAUCCGCCUAACAUUCCUUAUACUCCUCCUAAAGUACCUUCCCCGGGAAAUGAACCACCCUAUAUACCAAUCACACCUCCAAAAACACCUUCUCCCGUUUACAAUCCGCCUAAUAUUCCUUAUACUCCUCCUAAAGCACCUUCCCCAGGAAAUGAACCACCAUAUGUACCAAUCACACCUCCAAAAACACCUUCUCCCAUUUACAAUCCGCCUAAUGUUCCUUAUACUCCUCCUAAAGCACCUUCCCCAGAAAAUAAACCACCCUAUGUACCAAUCACGCCUCCAAAAGCUCCUUCUCCUAUUCACACUCCUCCUAGUAUUCCUUAUACUCCUCCAAAAGCCCCAUCGCCGAAAAAUGAACCACCAUAUAUACCAAUUACACCUCCUAAAACUCCUUCUCCAAUUCACACUCCUCCUAAUAUUCCAUAUUCUCCUCCAAAAACACCUUCUCCUAUUCACUCCCCUCCUAAUGUUCCAUAUACUCCUCCAAAAUCACCUUCACCUGGAAAUGAACCACCCUAUACACCAAUUACACCUCCAAAAACGCCUUCUCCCACUCACUCCCCUCCAAAUGUUCCAUAUACUCCUCCAAAAUCACCUUCUCCUAUUCACACCCCUUCUAUUGCUCCAUAUACUCCUCCAAAAGCACCUUCCCCUAAAAAUCAACCACCCUAUGUACCAAUUACACCACCAAACACUCCUUCUCCCAUUCACACUCCUCCAAAUCAUCCCCACACUCCUCCAAAAGCUCCUUCUCCUAGCAAUCACCCACCUUAUGUUCCAACAACACCACCAAAAACUCCUUCUCCUACUUACCAUCCUAUUCCUCCUAGUACAGUUCCAUUCACUCCUCCAAAAUCUCCUUCCCCUAUAACUGAACCACCAUAUACACCAAAUCCUCCUAAAACCCCUUCUCCUAUCUCUCAACCACCCUAUGUACCAAUUACACCACCAAAAUCACCUUCUCCCAAUGUUCCUUACACACCUCCAACAACUCCUUCUCCUAGCAACCACCCUCCAAAAUACCCUUCUCCAAUUUCUCAACCUCCAUAUGUUCCAACACCUCCAAACACUCCUUCUCCAACAUCAUCACAAGCACCUUAUAUUCAGACACCUCCAAACACUCCUUCUCCAACAUCACAACCACCGUACAUUCAAACACCACCAAACACUUCUUCACCAAGAUCACAACCACCAUACAUUCAAACACCUCCAAACUCUCCUUCUUCGCCAACAUCACAACCACCAUACAUUUCAGCCCCUCCAAAAGCUACUCCAUCUCCAUCUUCUCAAACACCUCCAGGUGCUCAUUCACCAAUUUCACAACCUCCAUAUAUUCAAACACCACCAAACUCUCAUUCACCAACAUCUCAACCACCUUACAUUCAAACACCACCAAACACUUCUACACCAAGGUCACAGCCACCAUACAUUCAAACACCUCCAAACUCUCCUUCUUCGCCAACAUCACAACCACCAUACAUUUCAGCCCCUCCAAAAGCUACUCCAUCUCCAUCUUCUCAAACACCUCCAGCCCCUCCAAAAGCUACUCCAUCUCCAUCUUCUCAAACACCUCCAGGUGCUCAUUCACCAAUUUCACAACCUCCAUAUAUUAAAACACCACCAAACUCUCAUUCACCAACAUCUCAACCACCUUACAUUCAAACACCACCAAACACUUCUACACCAAUAUCACAGCCACCAUACAUUCAAACACCUCCAAGCUCUCCUUCUUCGCCAACAUCACAACCACCAUACAUUUCAGCCCCUCCAAAAACUACUCCAUCUCCAUCUUCUCAAACACCUCCAGGUGCUCAUUCACCAAUUUCACAACCUCCAUAUAUUCAAACACCACCAAACUCUCAUUCACCAACAUCUCAACCACCUUACAUUCAAACUCCACCAACCACCUCUUCUCCAUCAUCUUCUCAAUCACCCCUUCUUCCAACUCCUCCAAAAUCCUCUCAGCCUCCAUCGAUAGCAGAAACACCCUAUGGAAAUGGAAUAGCACCAUCUCCACUAUCUCCAUACCCUUCAAACAACUCACCAUCACCAUCACCAUCACCAUCAGUUUCACCUCUCGCAAGUUCACCAGUACCAACCCCUACUUCACCACCGGCUCCCACUCCAGCAAGCUCGCCGAUAUCAACCACUACUUCACCACCUGCUCCAACUCCGAUAGGUUCCCCGGUAUCAACCACUACUCCAACAGCAUCUCCUGCAGGGUCCGUUCCGGCAGCAACAACUCCUUCACCUUCAUCCACUUCCCCUGGAACACGAGGAACACCGUCAUCUACCAUCACAGGAAGUCCAUCACCGACAUCAUCGAAUGAAACAGCGCCAGGGAAGUCAAACGGAGUGUCGUAUGCAAGUCCGUCAGGGACAUGGGCAUACUCCAUUACAAUUUUGGUCGGUGCUGCACUCACAAGUACUAUUCUUGGAUAG